AUGACAAGGUGCACCAGGAACCGCAACCCCGCCUCAAGCGCCCCCACGGUCAACCUGAAUCCAUCGGGAAACCGAUCGUACGACCGCUGCCCCGGGCCAAGGGGCGUGGAGGCCAUAACACUCCAGGAUAAGAUAGCGAUCCUGGAGCACACUCAGAAGGCGGGAGAGAUCAAGGUGGGGCUGUGGGGUGGCAACGGAGGGUCUGAAUGGGACAUGGGGGCUGCCGACCGCAUCACCGAAAUCAAGAUUGGCGCCGUAGAGGCCAUCGACGCCAUCGUGAUCACCUUCAUCCGUAAUGAUCAGACGGAGACCAAGCACUUCGGCAGCAUCGAUUUCAAACCCUACGUGAUUUCUCUGCAAGAGGAUGAGUAUCUUGUGGGCGUCGAGGGGUCUGUGGAUACGAUGUGGGGAUUAACUCUGGUGAGGAACCUGACGCUGAGGACCAACAAGGACAGCUAUGGACCUUUCGGCUCCAGUGGCGGAAUACCUUUCUCCGUUCCGCUAGUCUCGGGUAAGAUCAUUGGCUUCUUUGGACGUGCGGGCGAAAUGAUUGAGGCCAUCGGAGUUUACCUGGCACCGAACUAGACCCCUUGGACUGAUACUGCUGCUUCAAUAAAUG